AUGGUCACACCUGUCGACGCCGCGAGCACCCUGGCAGCCUACACCGCCGGCCUUGCGCCCAGGCACCGCAUCUUCCUCUUGGUCUGCGUCCAAGGCCCGCUCGAAGCGUUCCGCCUCCCUGAGCUCCACUCAGUCGCCCAGUUGUACAACAUCCCGCUCAGCUGGCCCGCGCCGCCCGAUUCGACUCGCCCGUACGUCCUCAUCGGCCUCGAGAGCGAGGACCACGCCCGCACUCUCGCCAACCGCCUCAUCAGCGCCAAGCACGUGUGGGAGCUAUGGGCACAGGGCGACUCCUACGCCGCCGUGCACGACCAGGUCAAGAGCGACGCCGUCCGCCCUCUCUGGGAGCCCUACGCGAGCGACCCGUCGUGCUCGUGGAAGUUCACCGUAGCCGGCCACCUGCGCACGAUCCCGCUCCCUCAGCAGAUCGCGACCGUCAACACUUUCUCGUUCAUGCCGUUCAAGGGCCCGAUCAAGCUCCGCAACCCGCACCUCGAGGUCGGCGUCUUUGAGGAGUACGAGUGGGACCCGCUGCGGGGCCAGAAGGUGCGCGAGGCGAGGGUCGCGCUCGGCUUGAGCGAGGAGAAGGGCAAGGGCAAGGAGAAGAUGAAGGUCGUCGAGGAGGGUGAUCCGGAGCACACGGGCGGGCUGCGAGGCGUCUGGAUGGGCCGCAAGAUCUGCGACUCGUCGCGCCACCUCAUGGACAAGUACGACCUCAAGAAGCGCGCCUACAUCGGCACGACCUCGAUGGAGGCCGAGGUGUCGCUCCUCAUGGCCAACCAGGCCCUCGCCGCCCCGGGCAAGUACGUCUACGACCCGUUCGCUGGGACGGGCUCGAUGCUGCUCACGAGCGCGGAGUUUGGCGCCAUGACGUUCGGGAGCGACAUUGACGGUCGGCAGCUGCGCGGCAAGAAAACGUCGAUCAAGCACUCGGCGGCGCAGUACGGCACGUCGAAGCGCAUCGUCGACACGUUCACCUUCGACAUGACGCAACAUCCUUUCCGCUGCGGCGAGAUCUUCGACGCCAUCAUCACGGACCCUCCAUACGGCGUGCGUGCCGGCGCGAGGCGGCUCGGGCGCGAGGACGGCGCGCGCGAGGUCGAGCCGAUGAUUCUGCGAGGGCGCGAGGACGAGGGCCUGCACCACACCCUGCACGACUACGUCCCUCCCUCGGUCGGCUGGCCCAUGGAGGACGUCAUCUCGACGCUCGUCACCUACGCCCUGUACCUCCUCCGUCCUGGCGGCCGCCUCGUCUUUUUCCUCCCGACGUCGAACGCCGACUACUCGGACCUCGACGUGCCCCAAGUCCGCGGGCUCAGGCUCGUGAGCAACUCGCUGCAGGACUACGGCAAGUGGGGGAGGCGGCUCAUCACGAUGGAGAAGGUGCAGGAGGCGGACGAGGAGGGUCAGAGGGGCGUGGAGAGCGAGCUCGAGGGGCUCGACCGCGGGAUCAGGAGGAGGCGCGAGGACGACGAGGCGCCGGCGGGCGCGGCGGUCGAGGGUGAGGGUGCGAGUGGGCGUGACGGCGACGUGGACGAGGGCGCAGAGGGGCAGAAGAGGCGGCCCGGGCACGCCGACUUCAACCAGCGGUUCUGGGCCGGGUUUGACCCGGAGUCGAAGGCGGCGCAAUGA